AUGAAAAAGCUAUCGAAUGAUGGUAUUGAUUUCGAAGUCAACGAGUAAGCUUCAAUAUUGAAGUAUAUAAAUAAGCUGAAAGAAAAUCAAAAACAAUAAAUUUUGGAUAAGCUACUCAGUUAUGAUAAUAAAGUGUUGAAUUAAGCAUUUCAAAGGUUUAAGUCUAAUACAAGGAAACCAACUCCAUUCCAAAUAGUAAACUGCUUAGAUUUCGAAUUAGAAGAUGAUUGUAUUGGAUAUCAAAUUAUUGCAGAGGGCAAACUGGCAAUCGUGAUUAGUUCUCAACAAAAUACUGGGUUUUUAGAUAUUUAGUUACCAUCAAAAAAAUGUUUAUUUCAAUUGUAUUUUGAAAGAAUUCAAAGCCUAUAAAAUCUAACUAAAUAAAUCCAUGGGGAAUGCUAGCCAAUUCUAAUUUUCAUUAUGACAACCAGUUUUAAUCAUGAAAUCAUUGCGUCAAACUUGUAAAAUUCAAAUUUUUAUGGAUUAAAAGAACAUUAGAUUUUUUUCUUUUAAUAAGAUUGCUUACCCUUACUAAGUAUGGAUGGAUAAAUUCUUUUUAGAAAUGAACACUAAAUUUAUGAAGAACAUAUCGGAAAUGGGUAAAUUUAUUUAAGCAAACAUAUAUUGGAAACAAUGAAAUUACUUGGCAUAACUAUAAUAUAAUUGUGCUCAAUAGAAAACGUGUUAUGUAAAUUUGGAGAUCCCUAUUGGCUUGGGGCAUUUACAAGAUUUAAACUAGAUUUAAGUUUCAAAUGCACUUAGAAAAGAAAUACAGAUGAAAAAUUACCUACAAUUGUAAAAAAUGAUUAAUCUCUCCUUCAUUUGGUUGGUAAUAAUAAUUCUAUUGAUUUAGAAAAUAAUGAUAUAUAAAUUAGAUAAGUUGAUAAAUUAGAUGGAGUAAUAGGAUAAGCACUAUGUUCACUUGAUUACGCUUUGAACUUAAGUCAAAAUUAUAGAUUUUAAUUACAAACAAACUUUCCGAUUCGCUUAAAAAAAUGCACAUACUUCGAUUACAAAUUAAAUUAACUCAUAUAACCUUAAUUAGCAACCUCAAAUGCUCUAAAAUUCGAAAUUACAUACUAUGAUGCUUUGCCCUAUUGUUCUAGUUAGAAAUUUGGCUUAUUUAGAGUAAAAAGAGAAGAUGAAUAUGCAGCCAUUAUAAACAAUUCAAAUGACAAUAAAGACACAGCUUAGACAGCAAGGAUAGCUUAUUUGAAAAGGGAUUAAAAAUGGAUAACAUAAUUGGGAUAUCAUUUUGAUCUUGAGAUUGAAAUUUCGCCCUAGUUAACUUAUUUUGGAGAAGGAUUACAUGAGACUUUGUAAAAAAUUGACAUCAAUAAAAUAAAGGACAAGAGCCAAUUAAAUUUAAGUUUAGAUAAUAAAGAAUUAAAAAUGGUCAGAGGUAAUAGCGACAACUUUUAAAUAAAACAAAAUAUUAAAGGUAAAAAUUUAGGUACUCAUCUUACAAAAUCUGUGUAAGAAUUAUAAAAUGCCAACGUUCCUAAUUUAAUUACUAAAGAAAAGUCAUCAUUCUUUUAAUUGCCUCUUGGCUUGUAGAAAUAAACUAAUAGUUCCUCGAGGACUAGUUUGUAUUAGAAAUCAGAUACAUAUCGAGAUGAAAUGUAAACAGAGAAGUGUCCUUAUUUUGAAAACAAUUUCAGAUAAAAUGCUUAUUGA